UUAACUCGUCCCCUUUCUCAUUGGUUUCAAUAGAGCGAAAUAAAUUAUGGAGAACGAGCAGCACAAGUAUUAUGAGCUACGGAGUCGUAGUCGAUCCAGAUCGGAGACUCCGCAAAUUAUUAGUCGCACGGUAAUAGAGAACGAUGCCGCGGAUCAUCAUUAUGAAUUAAGAAGUAUAAGUAGAGAUAGAUCCGUGACUCCGGGAGAAGUUAGCAGUAGCAGAAGAUCAUCUUCGAGAUCAUUAUCAAGCAGUGUAGUGAAGGCUCGUAACAAAACUAUGGAUGUUAUUAGCGAACAAACAGAUGACACAUUAGUAGAUAAUAAUUUGGAUGUACCUAGCAAAAGUUCAGAGAAACAAGAGAUCGUUACCAAAAGCAGUAGAAAGAUGGAGCGUCGCUCGGAGCGCCAAAGAAUUAAGAAACAAAUGAUUGCUAAUGGACAAAUUGAUAUUAAAGAUGAUUCUUCGGACGCAAAGUCUGAAACCAAGGAAAGUAAGAGGGAAAGCGUAACUCCAAAAAGGAUUAUAACGAGUGAUUACUCAUCGGAGGAGGGAGAUAGGGAUGAUGUUCCUAAUAGGGUAGGAUCUGCUUAUGAGUUUUAUAAGCAACAUGGCGAAUAUUGGAAUAAAUUUCCAAAAACGGAUUACACGUAUUCACAAGCGUCAACAUGUCGAUACGAAGUCGCACCGGGCGUCAUGGCCAUACCUAACAUGUCGCGACGCUCGCUGCACUCGGACAACAGCUUCUUGGGCGUCGAGGCAUCGAAUAGUCAAAGCAAUAGCCAGUCGUCGAAGGACAGCUACAACGAGAACAGCAGCAACAUGGACGAGAUUCAUCGAGACUUAUCAGACAUGGUUCCGCAACUUUUACCGCAUAUUAGAGGUUCGGAUACUGCAGGCCAGUCAAUUAUUUAUAAAAGGACACAUGUUGAACAAUAUACAACUCGACGUGAGUUCGUUUAUGAUUCAUCAAAGGAUAACCAAAUUAAUGAGAGAUACGAGUCGUGGGCAAAUCCCCUUUUGAAUUCUCACAAAACUAAUUGUUACAGAUCUGCGGUAAGUGCAGAUUCUGAUGCUGAGCUUGAUGAAGCAAUAGUAUCAAAUCAUAAAUACUAUUUAAAAAAUACGCAAAGGCUUAGCAAAUUUACUAGUCUCACCUCGAUAUUAUUUCUCAAACUAUUUCAUUUUCUUACAUUUGGUCAAUUUAAAAAACGAGAGUAUUCUGCAACUAGUCAUUAUUAUCGUCGCUAUGAAGGGACAAAAUGGAGUCGAUUUCGACGACAGAUAGAUAUUGCUAUGCAAUACAUAUAUCUUUUGUUUGUCAAAAUUGUACUUCUUGACUCAUGGUUACUAAGUAGAGCUUCCAAUAUUCGUGAACGAGCCCAAGGGCGACGCACAAAAAUACUUUGGCUUAUACUUCUUCCAUUAUUUCUCAUCAUUGGUGCUUACAUUGCGUAUAAGCAUACUUUUACUUGCCUAGAUUAUCUGCGAAACGUUCGUAAAAGUGUAAGCGAAACAGCUAACAAUGUCGUCGAUUUUCCAUUUAUUGAUAAUGAAAUACUUUACAAGUAUUUGUUGAGUUUAAAAGACGUAUCUUUCUCAAACUUGGGCACUGUGAACGUGUCUUUACCGUCACUGCCAACUUUUGGCUGGGACUUGGCGGCUUAUAAUCGAGAGGAAGGCUCGAACUGUUUCUCGCGCGCAUGGACUCGAGGCAAUUUGCAAUCGAUGCUGUGCUGCUUACCCCUGACGCCGGGUUGCUGGUUUCUGCCAUACAUUUUGUCUGCCAUUCCAUUGUCCAUUAAACAGAUGCUAUCUCAAUUAUCUCAAGUUAGGGAAGAAAGAAAAAUAGUACAAAGUUACCCUCAAGACGAUUUGAAAACAAAUCAAGAACUAUGGAAUAUUGUAAAUCACUUGAUUAGUCGUGUUCAACGUUUAGAGACUACUAAAGUAGAACAAUCGGAACACUUAUUAAAUAUUACGCAAGUUUUAGAAGAACUUCAGCAUAGUGAUAGUAACAUAUGGAAACAUUACGAUGAUAAAUUAUUGAAUUUGGAACAAGUAUUGGAGGAUCAAAAUAGGAAGAAGGAAAAUUGUAAGACUGAGGAGUUCAAUCAUAUAAAGAUUGGAUUUCAAAGAUUAAAACGGCUUUACACGCAAUUGAAAUCUUGUUGCGAUACAACAUUACGUACGAUGAGUGACGAGAGUAUUCAAAAGCAGACGGAUCAAAUUUUUGCCGGUUAUUUUGGGAACUCUUUUUCAAAAGAAGACGUUGCCAGAAUAUUCAAAACCAUGAAUAACAAACUUCAGCAAGAAGAUAUGAAAAAGUCUACUGAAGUAAAAGCAUCUGAAAAUUAUAUCAAUAAACGAUCAAAUUUAGAUAAUGAUGAGAUACGUAAAAUGAUUUUGGGAAUUUUGAAAGUAUAUGACGCUGAUAAGACUGGUCGAGUCGAUUAUGCAUUGGAAUCAGCAGGUGGACAGGUGAUUAGCAUUCGCUGCACCCAACAAUAUAGCGUGAAUACACGAGUCUUUCACAUUGUAGGACUGAUACCCUAUAACUCUGACAUUAAUGAUCCGCGUACCGUAAUACAAGGUAAUGACCUGCAACCUGGCAUGUGUUGGGCCUUCCAAGAUUUUCCUGGUUAUUUAUUAAUUAAACUACGUAGUCAGAUCUAUGUGACGGGUUUUACGAUUGAGCAUGCAUCGAGAUUAAAUUUGCCCAAUGGGGAGAUGAAGAGUGCGCCUAAGAAAUUUAAUGUCUGGGGAUUAAAAGCGGAAAAUGAUUUGGAACCUGUGCUGUUUGGCGAAUAUGAAUUUUCAGACUCCCAUGAAAACUUACAAUAUUUUCCAGUUCAAAAUGCAUCGGUCAAAACUCCGUACGAAUAUGUUGAACUGAGAAUUCACAGCAACCAUGGACAGCUUGAAUAUACGUGCCUCUACAGAUUUCGUAUUCACGGGAAUCUCGCGUGAUAAGCUGUGUUAACAAAACCAAAACUUUAUGAUAUCAAUGGCUCGCCAAUAGACUACAAUAAGUACCAUUAAAGAAUACUUUACGUGCCUUUAAACAAAAUGUUGGCGAAUCAAAGAAACUUAAACGCAUAAUAUUUUAUACGCAACAAUACUAGAUCAGAUCGACGUACGUGAACUAAUAGAUCUGAACUAUUGUAAAAAGUUAAAAGUUGGAAGAGUAUUUUUAUAUAAAAAUCUCUUGGUAGUUAUUAAAAAAUGCCGAGACUUCUCAAAGUUACCCGCGGUUAAACGUGAAACUUCAAACGACAUUAAUGUUGCUCAUAAAUUCCUUAUUACCGAUUUUUAAAUUUUUUUUAUUUUUUAUUUUUUAUUU